GGGAGGUUCCUUAUUAACUGGGAGCAGCUGGCUGGGCCGAGGCUUAAGCCGGAGCCCGGGAGGCAAGCGGUACCUGCAGUGGCGCGUUCCUUCUCCCCGGGAAACUGCAGCCCUCGGCAUGGCUCAGGAGUUCGUGAACAGCAAAAUCCAGCCUGGGAAGGUGGUGGUCUUCAUCAAGCCCACCUGCCCCUACUGCCGGAAGACCCAGGAGAUCCUCAGCGAAUUACCCUUCAAGCAAGGGCUCCUGGAAUUCGUCGAUAUCACGGCCACCAGCGACAUGAGCGAGAUCCAAGAUUACUUGCAGCAGCUCACGGGGGCCAGGACGGUGCCCCGAGUCUUCCUCGGGAAAGACUGCAUCGGAGGCUGCAGUGAUCUGAUAGCUAUGCAGGAGAAGGGGGAGCUGCUGGCCCGGCUGAAAGAGAUGGGCGCCCUGCGGCAGUGACAGAGCCAUCCCCACCCUGACGUGCCUCCCUGGGAGCCGGACGGCUUUGCAAACGUUGGCAGCACUUCCUGGUGGACAGAAUUUGGGGCAGAAAUUCUUGGGGUUCCAUAAUGCAAAGCGGACCGACUUGCCCCUGAGCUCCGGGCCCAGAGGGUUGAAGGGCUGUGCUGCUUUUCUUCAUGGGUUCUUAUGGCACCAGAAGACCGGUACACGUCCUGGCCAAGGCUGCACUCACGGACUUGGAAGCUGUCCCUCUCUCCACAUGAGUUUCCUGUCCUUCUCUGUGUCCUGCGCGGCCCCGAUCACAAUCAGCCUUUGUCACCCAUGUUUAUCCAGCGCCACCCCUCCGCACACCCAUAAAACUAACUCUACCUGCUGUUCUGCUGCUUCCUCAAGCAGAAGUUCUUUUGCUGGGCUGGAGUUUGUCUUAGGAACUCGCUGGAUAUUCAGAAUGUGUUUUGUCAAACUGCAUCCAAGCCUCCCCUCCGCCCCCACCCCCCACCCCGAGUCAGGGCUUGGAGCCGUGCUGUGGGCGUGGGGCUGUGCUGCCUCGCGGAUGGCAGGAGCAGGCGUGAGCACCCGCUUUGAGGAACCACCUGCUCAGCCUCCACUUGUGGCCCCAAGAGGCGGAGACGCACGCGCAGACGCGGCAGUCCCGGGGCAGCUAAGUGGGAUAAGGUGGGCACCCAGGUCAUCCCAAACGCUUGGGCAGGAACUCGAUGUGGCUUCCCCUUCCCCAGGAGUGUCCGGAAGGAGCCAAAUAAAACGCUCUCCUAAAUGA